AUGUUGCCGCCACAUACGCACGUCACCACUUUGUUGCAGCUCUUAAUACAAAAGUAUUUCGCACAAUUCUCCUCUGUGCUGAUUAUCCAUGGUGGGCAAACAGUGGUCGGUAGCAGCACCUUGCAGCAAGAGUACCUUGAGGCAGUUCAGCUGGCAUUCCGCAAUCUGUCCCAGCAGGGACACGUAAUUGGUCUGCAAUGGAUUGAUGUCAGUCAACUGGACAAGAAUAGCAACUGCAACGGAGGCGCGACGAGUAGUGACAGCUCCAGCAACAGCAACAGCAACACUCUAUGUGACGACAGUUUUAGCUAUGACGAUGAGUUGCAGCUGCAUUUGCUACGCGCCGUUGACAUUAUCACCGAGGGCUUCAUCACCAUUCUAACGGACACUGUGCGCUUCGUGCAUGCCCGCUACUAUGCCACACGCAACGCAGAGCUACGCCUUAAGGAUAAAUUUUAUCUUUUCUUGUACGAACAUGAAAAUCCACAGGAUUUGCUGUCUACUGAAAUAUUGCAAUUUUACCCUCACCAUCUAAUGGUCAUACCGGAUACUCUCACCGUACAGCAAUCAAAUAAGCCCCAAAACAAAACAAAGAAGUCACCUGAAAGUACGGUCACAAAAAUUCCCAAUACAAAUGCAACCAGAGCACGCAGCAAGCGCUACCCCUCUAUUCAAACAACACCUUUGUAUACUCACCACGAGCUCAACUUUCAACUGUGGACACAAAAGUUUGUUGGUACCAAUGGAAAUUUAGAUGCACUGCUGCUGGACGCAUUCUUACCGAACGGAACUUUUUCCCAGAAUGCCGAACUUUUCCCAAACAAAGUUAGCAAUUUGGGAGGGCGUACACUCCGGGUCGGUUCCAUUACCUACAUUCCAUAUGUGGUGACUAAUUAUGUGCCAGCUGGUACGGGCGAAGUUGACGCAUUGAAUUCAAGUGCUUUCAGCCGCACUGUAUCGUUUUUGGGCUCAGAAGCAGAGCUUAUGAAGUCAUUCUGUGACUCGCGUAAUUGCCGACUGAGCGUGGAGCCUUAUGGCGUUGAUAACUGGGGCUACAUAUAUGAGAACGAGAGCUCGGAGGGUAUGAUGGGUGGUGUUUAUACACAAAACGUCGAAGUAGCUGUCGGCUGCGUUUACAACUGGUAUAAUAACAUCACUGAAACGUCCUUCACCAUCGCACGCUCAGCGGCCACUAUAUUGGGACCAGCACCGGCACAAUUCCCGGCUUGGCGUGCAAACAUAAUGCCAUUUAGCGGCGAACUUUGGCUUUUUCUAAUCAUGACUAUGGUGCUUUGUGCCAUAGUGAUGUACUUUAUCCAAUUUACUGCCUUCGGAUUAGAGAAUUGGCGUUGGCACCAAACACGGAAAUUUCAUCAUAUGACUAGAUUAGGGCAGGCGGUAUUAGAUAUGUUUGCAGUAUUCAUACAACAGCCGUCUGGACCGACAAGUUUACGCACAUUUGCCGCUCGUUUAUUUCUUGCAACGAUUCUCUGUGCUACCAUCACAUUGGAGAACACCUACAGUGGCCAAUUAAAAUCUAUACUAACUAUACCACUUUUCACCGAAGCUGUGGACACUUUGCGGAAAUGGUCCACAACCGAUUGGACUUGGAGCGCACCAUCCAUUGUAUGGGUGCAAUCAAUAGAAGGUUCAGAUAUCGUAAUAGAACAAAUAAUGGUGAAGAAAUUCGAGGUUCAAGGCUAUGGUUUUCUCUACAAUGCAAGCUUUCGAUCGGACUAUGGUUUGGGUAUCGAGCGUCUAAUGAGCGGUUCGUUCGCCUUUGGUGAUUAUAUAACUCCACCUGCAAUGGAAACGAAAAUAGUGAUAAAGGACGAUCUAUUUUUCGACUGGACACGCGUAGUCUCCAUAAGAGGUUGGCCGCUUAUGCCACUUUUCGACAAACAUAUACGCGCCUGCAUAGAGACGGGUCUAUUUGUGCACUGGGAACGAGAGAUUGUGGCAAAGUACUUGGACCGCCAGUCACAGGAAAUUUUACUGGAUUUAGCAUCUGGGAACAUAAAAAAAUUACCACCACAAAAGUUAACUUUAGAAAAUAUUUCAGGGGCCGUUUUUGUUCUGCUGUUUGGUUGCUUGAUUGCAACCAAAGUUUUCAUAUUGGAGCUGAUUGUAUACCAUUUGAAUAAAUUGAAAUUGCUGGAUAUUUAUAGAAAGAGAUAG